GUUGCAGACCCGUCCGCAGAGCGCACCAUCGUCUUCAGCGGAGCACACACAGCAGCUAGGUGUGCUCUUCCUGCAGCGCCAGAAAUUGUAAAUAAUUAACAGUUAAAAACUUACCACCAAAAGAAAGUUUUAAACGAAAACGCUUAACCAAACCAAAGAUGCAUGAAUAUGAAUCCAAGCAAAUAUGAUACAUAGCCAAUAUGUAUAUAGAAACUAGUAAGGAUAAAUAAAGUUCAAAGCGAGGAAUAACACCGAUCCCGGCAAGCAAAUGUCCGGAUAAGGGAGCCGCUACCUGACCAAUGGAUGAAAAUGCAGCCGUCGUCGCCGUCACUUUCGCCGUCGUCACUAUCGCAUCGCUUUUGUCAGCAGCAACAGGAAAAGUCGGAAAAGCACCAGGAGCAGCAACAGCAGCAGAAGGAGCAGCAGGAUCAGAAGGAGCAGUCCUGCCACGCCCACGCCAAUCGAACGCCCUCGGUCGGUACGGCAGCGCUGCCACAGCUGGCGUCGACGCCCGCACCGGCAGCAGCGGCCUAAGUUGCCCAACCGCAAGAAUCCCACUUCGAAAUAGCCCAUCUGCACAGCAGCAGCAGGCGAUAUUGCAACUGCAACACAUAGUGCACUCGCAGCAGCCGCGAAUACUGCUCAUAUAACUGCAACAUCGAGAGACCUUGCAGCUGCAACAGCAUCCUCCAGCAGGACAACGCACAAGGAAUCCACUCUACGCAUAAGGCAACGGGGCAUAAGGAGGCACAAGGAGGAGCAGGAUAGACCGGAAGCAGAAGGACAGGAAGUGGGGCGGGCUGCGGACACAGGCAAACAAAAUGGCGGAUGGUGGGCAUUCAUUCGUGAAGAAGACAUUUCAUAAGCCAACAUACUGUCACCACUGCUCGGAUCUGCUCUGGGGCCUCAUCCAGCAGGGAUAUAUCUGCGAAGUUUGCAACUUUAUCAUUCACGAACGAUGUGUCAGCAGCGUGGUAACGCCCUGUUCCGGCAUCGCUCCAUGUAUUAUAAAGAAUCCCGUUGCCCAUUGUUGGUCCGAGCCAACUCAUCACAAGAGAAAAUUCUGCACAGUUUGCCGUAAGCGAUUGGAUGAAACGCCAGCGGUGCAUUGUUUAGUCUGCGAAUAUUUCGCGCAUAUUGAGUGCCAAGAUUUUGCCGUGCCCGAUUGCACCGAGAAUGCCACGUAUGUGCCGGGCAAGGAGCUGCUUAAUGUGAAGCAUCAGCAUCACUGGCGAGAGGGCAAUCUUCCAUCAACGUCCAAAUGCGCUUACUGCAAGAAAACCUGUUGGUCCUCGGAAUGUCUCACUGGCUAUCGUUGCGAGUGGUGCGGCAUGACGACCCAUGCCGGAUGUCGCAUGUACCUGCCAACCGAAUGUAAUUUUGGUAUUCUACAACCUAUCUACUUACCUCCGCACUCAGUCUCGAUUCCGCGCACCGAGGUGCCCAUCGAGGCCAUCAUCGGCGUCCAGGUCAAAUCGAAGACUUCGCUCGUGCGCGACUACUCGUGUCCCAGUCCGGAUUUGAGCUGCCCGAUUCCGGGCGCCGGAUCGGGUUCGCUGACGAGCCUGGGCCUGAAGGAGCUGCUCGAGCUCCACAGGCAAAGGCUUGAGCAAUCGAAACAACAUUUUCUCCUUUCCACGCCGCCCACGCCCACCUCCUGUGGCUCCAUCUCACUGUGCCACUCUCCGACGCCCUCCUCGCUGACAGUCGGCGAGACGAGCAACGAGGCGGAGCAAGAUCGGGAGCGGGACCAGGAUCAGCCUGAGGAGGAGCCCGAGGAGGAGAACACGGAGCAGGACAGCGCCCUGCAGCUAACCACCUCCACGUCGAAUGUGAUUGGUAAUCUUCAGAAGUCGCCCUCGGCCAACUCCUCGCUGCACCUGCUCUACACGAAUCUUUUUCGGAAACUUGGCCAGGGCAAGCGGAGGCGGAAAAGGGGCAUCAGCAGCGGUGGCCUCUCGCCCAGCGAAGAUGAAGACGAUGUGGACGGCGGUGUCUGUGAUAUAAGCGGUGGCGAUCUGAGCGAUGAUUACGACCACUGCGACGUCGCCCUGCGGCGAAGAUCCCUGCGCAGCCGGCAGCCGCGGGACGUCAGCGAGACGGACUACCACGGGGAUGCCGAGGCGGAGGCGGAGGGCGAUACUGUGCCGAGGGAAAGCUGCUACGAGACCUCGGACACGGGCGGCGAGCUGACCAAUACCGAUGACCUCGACAGCAGCCUCAAUCUGAUCAGCAACCUUAGCUAUAAUAGUACUAAUAAUAGCAAUGCCUUCAAUGUUCCUGGCGGAGCAACUGCACCCGCCACCAGCAACAUCGCCACCACCAGCACCACUGCCCCGGGAAAGUCCGGGCACGCCUUGAGCGUCCAGGGCGGACGCCAGCAACCCAAGACUGGGGCUCUGGCCCAAAUUAAACCCAAGCCCAAACCCAUACUCAUGCCCAAGCACAAGGCGCAGGGCAAGGGCGGCUCCCUCAGCUCUCCGCUGUCCAACUCCAAUUCGAGUGACUGCUCCUCGGCAUCGCCCUCUGCCCCGGCCACGCUGCUGCAGCUGUCGCCGGUGGGCAGGAGCAAGUCCUUCCAGGAGUCGGCGGCCAUAACGGCUGUGUCGCGUUAUAAGAAGUACGGACGCGGCUUGUUCCAGCGCCGACGCUCGAAGAGAUCGCCCAAGAAUGCGGUCGGUGUGGGCGGCAAAAGCAACUACAGCCUGGACAGGCUGUCGCAGAAUAUCGAGAUCACCAUCCAGGACGAGGAUGGCAACUUCCAUCCGUACGACGACAACUAUCACAUGCUGGCCGGGCGACUGGACGCCACCGAUGUGGACGACGAUGUUGGCUUCGAUGAUCUCUACCUGGACGACCGGCCGAGCGGGGCCAGUGAUGAUGUGGCUUUUGCCGGCGACAUCAGCGACGGCGGGGCCAGCAGUCGAUCGAGGGCCAGUGACGCCAGCGAUGGUCAUGUCCUGGGGCGGCUGCUCCGCCAGGUGCGGCAGGGCCUCUCCGUCGGCUGGCGCAAGCCGCGCUACCAGAAGCGCAGAGCACGCAGCAUAUCCGAGGAGUUCAGCAGCGGCGACACACCCCGUUUCAAGGACGAAGAGUCGGCCAGCAAGGCCGAAUCGGGACAUGGACCCAGCAGCGGUGGUGCAGGUGGAGGAGCCGGAAGUGGCGGUGCUGGAGGCUCAUCCGCAGCUGGUGCAUCGGCAUCGGCUGCCGGUGGUUCCUCCGGGCACUAUAGACCCGACUCCGGUUCCGGCCACAAGUCGGAUAAGUCGGAGAAGGAUCGUGAGAAGAAGGAGAAGGAGCGCGAGGAAAAGGAUAUAGAGAUGAUCAAGGUGUUCGAUGGCAACAACUCAUUCCGACGCCAGCAGUACCGUGUGAUCAUCGUGCAGCGCACCUAUACGCUGGAGCAGCUGCUGACCACCGCGCUGCGGGCAUUCCACAUUACACGCGACCCGCAGGCCUUCUAUCUGACCGAUCUGUAUGCACCCGCCGGCAUGGAGGACACUCCGAUGCUCGAUCCCACCCCCGUGCUCAACCUGGUGCACCUGGAGGGCAAGCGACCGGCCAUAUACCUCCGGUUCCAUGACCGUGACCGUGGCCAUGUGCGCGUUUACCCCGGCAAGCUGCAGUGCUCGAUGCUGGAGGAUCCCUAUGUCAGCGUUCCUGUAGAUAAUAGCACAGUUAUUAAGGAUUUGAUACGCGAUGCCCUGGACAAGUUCGGGCUGCAGGAUAACCAGAUACAGGACUACAGGUGCUCGGAAGUGUUGCUCGAUCGCGGCGUGACCGAACGCAUUUUGUCGUGGAACGAAAGGCCCUGGGAUAUUAUGAAGCAGCUGGGCAAGGACUCCAUCCGACAGAUGGAGCUCAUGCGGUUCUACAUGCAGCACAAGCAGGAUCCGCAUGGUCCCAAUAUCGCGCUGUUCGUGGGCAAUCUGCCCACCGGUCUCUCGCAGCGCAACUACGAGCAGAUCCUCAACAAGUACGUAACCGACGAGAACAAGUUUAUUAGCAUCGGACCCAUCUACUACGAGUAUGGCUCAGUGGUGCUCACCUUUGAGGACUCCAUGAAGGCGGUUCGAGCCUUCUACAAUCUUCGCGAGACCAUAAUCGAGGACAAGAAACUGCUGGUUCUGCUCCUGCCGAACAUCGAGCCCAGCAUGGUUCCCUCGGAUGUGAGACCGCUGUUGGUCUUUGUCAAUGUUAAGUCCGGUGGCUGCCAGGGAUUGGAGCUGAUCUCCAGCUUCAGGAAACUGCUGAAUCCCUACCAGGUAUUCGAUCUGGAUAAUGGCGGUCCUUUGCCUGGCUUGUAUGUAUUCCGGCAAAUAACCAACUACAAAAUUCUGGUUUGCGGCGGAGAUGGCACCAUUGGUUGGGUGCUACAGUGCCUGGACAAUGUAGGCCAGGACUCGGAGUGCUCCAGCCCACCUUGCGCCAUUGUUCCACUGGGAACAGGCAACGACUUGGCUCGCGUUUUGUGCUGGGGCUCCGGCUACACCGGCGGUGAGGAUCCGUUGAAUCUGCUCCGCGACGUCAUCGAGGCGGAGGAGAUACGGCUGGACCGCUGGACGGUUGUCUUCCAUCCGGAGGACAAGCCCGAAGAGCCGGCCAUGAAGGCGCCCUCGCAAACAACCGGUAAGAAGAAGAAGGCACACCAAGCACACCUAUCGCAAUCGCAACAAACCAAUCAGCAUCAUCAAUUACCGGCUCUGACAUCGAGUGAUAUAUCAGGUGGUGCCCAAAACGAGGAUAACUCUCAGAUCUUCGUGAUGAACAACUACUUUGGCAUUGGAAUAGAUGCGGACCUCUGCCUGGACUUCCACAAUGCGCGUGAAGAGAAUCCCAAUCAGUUCAAUUCGCGACUGCGCAACAAGGGCUACUACGUCAAGAUGGGACUGCGCAAGAUCGUGGGUCGCAAGGCUGUCAAGGAUUUGCAAAAGGAACUGCGCCUGGAGGUCGAUGGCAAGAUUGUCGAACUGCCACCCGUCGAUGGCAUCAUUAUCUUGAACAUUUUAAGCUGGGGCAGCGGUGCCAAUCCCUGGGGUCCCGACAAGGACGACCAGUUCUCAACGCCCAACCAUUACGAUGGAAUGUUGGAGGUGGUCGGUGUGACGGGAGUAGUUCACUUGGGUCAAAUCCAAUCCGGAAUUCGUACGGCCAUGCGCAUAGCUCAGGGUGGUCACAUCAAGAUACAUUUGAACACCGAUAUGCCCGUCCAGGUGGACGGUGAGCCCUGGAUUCAGAGUCCCGGCGAUGUGGUCGUCCUAAAGUCGGCCCUCAAGGCCACCAUGCUGAAGAAAACGAAGAGUAAGCGCCGCCUCACGGAGCCUCAUAUCUCGCCGGCGGUUCUGAGUCUUUCAGUGGCUCAACAGGGAUCGGGAUCGGGAUCCGUGUCGGUAUCGGGAUCCCCGCAGUCCCAGUCGCAGCAGCAACUGCAGCAGCAGCAACAACAGCAGCAGCAGCAGCUGGCCGAGAAUGGGGAAAAGGAGGCUUCGAUGACUCUACCUGCCGGCUUUGGCAGCACCUAGAGCUUGGCUACCGGCCUGCGAUAUUGGUUCUCCUGUUUCAACCCAUAAAACCAGAUAGUCAGAUAACUCUAUAAUCAAACCAUCAGAAAAGUGACCCAUAACAGAUCAGCAGAGAAAGUGGCCAAAUUGUAACCGAAAAUCGAAUAUUUAAACAAGAGCAAAACUCCAAUGCGCAACCAAAUUAAAGUUUAUCUUCCAAAGGCGAGAAAUAGCAUUAACAAGCAAACAAAAAGUAAAAAUUUAAAGUAAAAACUUAAAACAAAUAGCUGUAAAUAAAAGUUGGUUCUGUUAAGCUCUAAGUACUUUGAACCACCACCCAAGAUGAAACACACACCACCCACCAACCAACCAACCAAAGAACCACCCACUGCACAAGAAAACUGUGACCACCGCUGUUGAACUUGAACUUAGCCAACUGAAGCCACCACUAUCCACCUCAGUACACCACACCACACCAAGCCACACGAACACACUACACCGCAAGCCACAGCGCCUAGAAGUUGUCUACAACAUUUUUGAUUAAUUUAUAUGCGAUAAUUUUCUUUGAUUUCCCCGCUUGGAGGAACUUGAUCGAAUUUUGUUCCAUUUCCGUUUCCGUUCCGUUUCUCAACUGCAAGCUUUCGUAAUCCAUCAUUCAGUAUCGAAAUAUCUAUAACCGAAACCAUUUUGUUGAUUGACUUCCGUUGCAUUUUGCCUGAUUUCUCAGCUAGCUUUUGAAGCACUUAUAACGAAUCUAAGCUAAGGCAAAAGAAAUUUAUUUCCCUUACGUUAACGAUCUAUUUUCUUACUCUCUUUUUCUCUCCAACCGAAAUGAAAAUACACAAAUUCACACGAAUACCAAACAAAUGCUACAACUUAAAUCUAUAAAAAAUAAUUUCUUAACUAAUUAAUGCACCGGACGCUUUGAACUUUAAAUUUCGAAUUUUCUCUAUCUCUAUCUAAAUACCACCGUUAAAAAUGUCAAAUGAAUACCGUUAACCGCAGGCCACCAUGUUGAAAAAGAACAAGCUGAAAAUGAAACGCCGGAACACGGAACCCACCAUGAUGGCGGCCGGCUCGGCCGCCCCCCCUAUGUCCCUGGCCCUACCGCCCAGCGUUGGCGAAGUGGGCGUGGCUGGGGAGGGCGCCGAGGGCGACGGCGGUACGAACAACACGGAUUUCUGAAUAUGGUACAGCGAGCGUCUGAUUUAACGUGCUAAUUCCAGCGCAGAACCAAACUGCAUCCCACACCCCACACAGACCACAGACCCACCCACCCGCGAAAAGCCCACCCGAUCCCCCCACCCAAUAGCAAAAGCAGCAGCAGAAGAAGCAAAAGGAGCAGGAGCAGAAGCUAAAGAAGAAGCCACUAGCCAUCUCAGUCCAACACUGAACACCAAAGACCACAGAAACCAAAGAGCUGGCAACUCGAAAAUCAAAAGCUGUAAUCAAAAUUACUUGUAUAAAGUGUCCAGUCCACAGUAUUAGAUCGGAUUAGAUGAAGAUGAUCAGUUAAGCAGCUCGCGAACCCGGCCGCCUUUCCACGGUCUGAAAUCAGUACGUUAAACUCAAACAGCUCGAACCAACACUGUCCGCCCGCCAUUUGCAUUUCGUACAGUGUAGAAAGCAUUAAGAUGCGCAGCGGGCAGACAUGAAACUAAGCCAACUCAAAUGUUAAACAAUAGAGGGUAUUUAUAGUAAAAAAAAGAGAUUUAAUUCAAAAGCACUCAGCAAUAGUCUGGCCAAGUUGUAUCAAAUUCAAGUUCAAUUAUGUUCCUUCUCGUUUUGUUCCUAUGUAAGCGACAGCAGAAACCGAUUAGUGAUACCGUUAAACAGAAAGAAGCGCAAGCAGUAGUGAAAAAGAAACAGGGAGAAUGAAACAGAAAACAAAAAGAAGGAGUAAAGCUAAAGCUAGAGAAACCCAAGAAAACAAAACAAAAAGUACAAAAUUGUUGAAAAUUGUUUGUUAUAACUAAAUGAAAUCGCGUAAAACCAAGUAAGCACACCCGAACUACGACAAACGAAAUGAAAUCGAAAAAGUAAAGCUAUGUAUUACCAAAUAGCUAAAUAAUGUUGUGUUCCAGCGAACCCUAGUGUUCCGAAACCAACGUGAAAAGGAUAAAAAAAAAAACCCAGCCAGGUCAAGACACAAACGUACAGCAGAUGCGGGAAAAUUUAUACGAAACUUUUUUAUGUUGUGGAUCGAUUCGAAACGCGAUAUUGAAACUUUUGAGUGGGGAAAAAGCAGCAAAUUGCAUAGUUGGCUAACUACUAAUUGGGACGAAUAAAUUGGAAUCCACAGGCGGGCCUAGCUCGUCCUGUGCGCCAUUGAAUUAAAUGGGAAAAACACCUUUGGAUUGUGCAAUUGGUAUGAAUUUUCUCCGCUGCUGUGCGUCCACCAAAAGAAAGAGGAAAGUGAAAAACCACGAGAAAUAGGAAAAUGCAUUUUUCGAGCGUAGGCAAUGGCAUCGCAAGUAUUUUACCUGCAUUUGUCUAAAACAAGAAACAAAAAAUGAAAGAAAAAACCAAAAACAACCAACUUAUUUUGGAUAUCAAAUCCGCCUAGAGGAAUGAGAAGAGUACAGAGGAGACACAAAAUCCGAAAAACUACAAUUUCAACUUUAAAACGCUUAUAAAGAAAACAAUUUUUGAAAGUUUUAUAACUAAUUU